UCUUCAUUUCGUUUUCAGCUACUUAAUUGAAUUUGUCCGUAGUAGACCACCCCAUAUGUUAUUGUUUGAAUAAGGAUAGUACAUCCUUCAAUCAAUAAUACUGUUUUUUUUUUUUUAUAUAUAUAUGUAUAUACAGUAUUUAUUCCAUAUAUGCAUGAAGCUAAAGUUCCCUCUUUGUAUUCCUUAAAACUCUACAGAGCCCGUUCCCAUUGUUCUUCUCUGAUAUUUUAAAAAAGAUAUGGAAACUUCACAAUCUCUUUCUAUUGAAAGCUUUUCAUAUAGUUGGUUAGUUGAUAUGGGAGAUUCUUUUAGAGCCUCCAUGGAUGCAUCAUCAGAUGAUUAUGAAACUGCUUUCAUUGAGAUGGAUCCGACACUUCCUCCUUCAAAGAGGUUUUUUAAUGUGAAUCCACAAGAUUUGAACUUUGAUUUUCCUACAUCUGAAUCUCCUUUAACUCUUGUCCAUGCUGAUGAACUCAUUUCCAACGGCUUCUUGAUGCCUUUUUUCAUGAAGAAGCCAAUGAAGAUGGGGUCGGAUUACGAUGUAAUUCAUUCUGACUCCAUCAGGAAUUCUCCGGCAUCUUCAGUGGAGCAGAAUGAACCGCGUUUGUCCUGCAGGAGGGUUAAUCGUUGUGUAUCGUUGAGAAGAUGCAGGAGUUUGUCGAGGCGAAUUUUGGUUAAGUAUUUGGAUUUUAUUAGGCCUUUUUGCCAGAAAAUAAGAAGAUGUAGUAGACUUGGUAGGUGCAGAUCAAGUAAUGGGAAGGAAGUAAUGAAGAAGUGGGAAUACUCAUCUGCAGCAACAUCUCCAAGAACAAGUGUAGCUUAUUCUGUUGAUAAUUGGCGUAGGUCUUGUGAUUCUGAAAGCUCUAUUUAUGAAGCUGUUCUACAUUGCAAAAGAACCAUUAAUGGUAAAUAGAGAAUGAGAACAAAGUAAUGUCAUGGAGCUAAAGAACAAAGAAAGAAAGAUGAGAGAUGUGAAGAUGAGCACAUGUCACUGGAUACAUUGUCACUUUCUAUAGUUCUUGUAUCUUCUUCAAGAAUGGGAUUGUGAAUUUUUUGUCUUUUUGAGGAAGUUGGAAAGCUGUAAGGAAGAGAAGCGUCAGCCAUGAGAAAAAAUAUUCUUGGAAUUUUUGAAGAUACGAUAUAUCUUCGUGAUGACUCAUAAUUUUUUGUCCUUUUUUUUUUUUUUUUUCCUCCUCUCUCAGAGGAAGAACACAAAUCCAACUUGGAAAUUGUCCUGCUUUGUGCUUUGUAAAGUUUUAUGGGAAUAAUAUUUCAGAAAUAUAUUGUAUGUCA